AUGUUGGUAGCCGCUGCAAACGAAGUCUUAUCAAACUCAAGUUCUCCUGUAAUGACCGAUAGCAUGGACUUGGGCGCUGAUGAUACAACUACUACUGCCAACCAUCUUCACCGUCAUGAUGCUAAUUCAUCCUCUUUCGCUGCCACUGUUGCUGAUGCUGAAGGUAGGAGAUUUUCUUCGCCUAAAGAAGAAAGAAUCAACAGUAAAACUAAUAGGAGAGAAGCUUUGUGCCAUAAAUGUGGCAAGUGGAUCGAAAACCAAUCACCACGUGACAAGGAAGUACUUGUGCCCGAAAUAUAUUGGUACAAACAUGCUCAGAAAUGUCAUCAUACUGGUGGUGUUGGCAACAACAACAACAGCUAA